AUGUCGAGUAAAAUAAUAUCCAGCAAAGCUCGACUUGCUGUAAUGCAGUGUGUAUUGACACCAACGCUUAUGUAUGGUAGUGAAUCAUGGGUGUGGCAGAAGAAGCAUGAAAGCAGGAUUAAUGCGGUGGAAAUGAGAGCCCUGAGAAGUAUGUGUGGACUAAAAUUGAGUGAUCGAGUGAAAAAUAGUGUUAUUAGAGAGAGGUGUGGAUUGAAAGACGAUGUAGUGACAAGGAUUGAAAAGGGAAUGUUACGCUGGUUUGGACAUGUAGAAAGGAUGGAUGAAAGUAGAGUAACGAAAGAAGUAUACAGAGCGGAUAUGAAUGGAGCCGUCGGUAGAGGGCGCCCUAGACGGACAUAUAGUGACCAGAUUGGCGAUAUAUUAAAGAAGGGCCAAAUUAAAAGUACCCUUAACCGACGAGCAUGCAUGAAAAGAUUGAUGACUGUUAAUGAAGCGAAAGAGGUAUGUAAGAAUCGUAGUAAUUGGCGUUCCUUAGUCUCUGCCUACCCCCAUGGGAGACAGGCGUGA